AUGGCGCCAUACAAUGCCUCCGAGGAAGUCGAGCCGCCCUUCCAGAAGAAGUACUUUUCAAACGAGUUUAUGAUGAAGUAUGAGCCCUUAGCUGCGGCGACCCGGAGGUUGAACGAAGACAAGAACGAUGCCGAAGCGCAGAAGAUGUAUGAUGAGUACUUCCCACUGUACAAGACAUACGACUGGUGCAGCUCCUGGGAUGGCACGAAGUACGACUUGGUCUUCUACGGAGUCUCAGGCUACACCGGCUACCUGAUGAUGGAGUACCUCAAGCGCGUGUCGCUGAAGCAAAGCGCGGAAGACUUCACGUUCGCGUUUGCCGGGCGAACUCCCGGCAAAGUGCAGGACCUGCGUGAUCGUGAAUUCGCGGGAACUCCAUACGAGGACACGCCCGUCUUUCAGAUGUCCUAUGAUGACCCCUACUCCAUGAUCGACCUUGUGAAGAGCGCCAGAUGUAUCAUCAACGUGGCGGGGCCUUACAUGCUCACCCAGGGCGAGCUGAUGAUCGAUUGCUGCAUCUCCCUGGGAGUACACUACUGCGACAUCAGUGGAGAAAUCCCCUGGUCCCGCCGCAUUACGCCUCUGCACAAGCACGCUCAGAAGAACGGUGCCUACAUCAUCCCUAGCGCAGCCUCUGCCGGUGGCUUCCCGGAUCUUUGCACUUUUCUCUGUGCCAAAAAGGCUCGCGAGGACUACAACGAGGAGCUGAGGAAAGCCAUCUGCUACGUGAAUGGUGGUGGUGCUAUUGCCACAGCCUCUGGCGGUACCCUGAAGACCCGUGCGACGAUGGCUGCUGGUGGUGAUGAGACUCGUAAGAUGAUGGGCGACCCCUAUGCGCUCGGAGGCUUUGUGCCAGACAGGGACCGCCACGGCAUCAAGUACUGCAACAUUGAGUUUGGCACAGGCCAGGUGACCACCAAGGUGCGUGCUGAAGAUUUGGACGCCAACAUGUCCAAGAUCUCAGAAGACAAGCACUUGGGCAUAUGGCGCGGCCCCAACGUGUAUUCGUAUUUUGAUACCCGCAUUGUCCGCCGGUCCAACAUGCUCCUGGCAGACAUGGGUGGAAAGCCUUAUGGUAAGAGUUUGAACUUCCUUCAGUUUUCCGUGCUGCCGGCAGAAAUGCUUCUGCAGGGGAAGCAAGGGGGCGGUGGAGGUGGUGGCGGUGGCGGAAGUGUGGAGGCAGAGAAGAAGGCUUUGGAAGCCAAGGGUGUCUACUACGGAGCGGGCGAAGGGCCACCCCUUGAGGAGCUUGAUGAUGCGUGGAGUGCGUGGUUUGUCUGGGCGCAGACAGAGAAGGGGCAUGAGGUGAAGUGCGAUUUCAUUGGCAGAGACGGUUACUUCGAGACUGCCCGAAUUGCAGUUGAAACAGCGAUGUGCUUGGUUUUCGACAGAAAGGAUCUGCCCUUCCCUGGCGGCGUGCUCACCCCAGCUGUAGCCUGCGGAGAAGCAUUGGCUCGGCGGCUGAUCUCCAGUGGCGUCAAGUUCAAGAUGGGCGAGUGGCACGGCGUCGAAGAGUUCAAUCCGCCACCCAAUCCGUAA